AUGUUCAAGUCCGUCAAGAACUACAUCAAGCCUGGGAAGGAGGCUCCUUCCAAAGGCAACGAUGUCUUGCCGACAGCCACUUCCACCCCGGCGCCCAGAUCCUACGCGACAACUCCUCAUACCAGCCGUCCACCUACCGGUGGUUACGGUCGAGCAAGCGGUGCCACGAGUUUCAGCGACAUGGGUCUGAUGAGCGCUACAGUCAACCUGAUGCGUAUGACACAGAUUCAACAGAGGUACAUGUGGUGCUUGCCUCACCCUCCACCUGGAGAGGGGUGUGUGUACAAAGUAAAGCCUGGAGAGUUCAUAACACAUCCAGAGUCGCUGAGACAGAACAACGACCCAUUCUUCGAAGCCGCGGCGGAGCUCAACUCAAGGGUGAUGAUUAGUAUCAAAGACCGUGUCGUUACCGUUCUGCUGAACCAGCCGGACCUCCUUUACAUCCCCAUCCAGGACAACCUACGUCUACAGAUAGUACCAGACGUGGAGUACAUUCCUAGGUGCCAGCGAAGUCAGGGUGCUGCUUUCUGUAAAAACCAGGACAUGUUGGUCGUUUGGGGCGACAGUGUCGAUGCCACCGAACAACGCGCGGACAAGUAUCUGAAGCAGAUGGUCGAAGUCUUCUCCCAAGGCUUCGGCACUUAUAAUGAGAAAGAGAAGGAUAGCGUCAUGGUCAAGGAAAUGCCCAUGGAUGGCUCCGAGGAUGCUUAUUCCGGCGACGUGGACCCCGAAGACAAUUUUCAAGAGCCUCGUCGCAAGAUUGUUCUGAUACAAGCUGUCUUGACUGGCAUGACCCUUCUCCUGAUCGUCGCCGCCAUCGGUUCUGGAUUUCGCCAGAUCGCGAUCGAGAUUGGCAUUGAUCACAGUUACAUUCGCCUUGCCUUCGUCAUCGCAGUCCCGUUUCAGAUGUGGCUCGCCUUGUUCUUUAUGCAAUCCAUCGCAGGUAUGGUCGCUCAGAUGAUUGGUCCCACUCAACAGAUGAGGCAGAACUCGAAGUUCUACUCUGGCAUCAAACCAAGACCGAUCUCACGCAACGUUCUUCCCCACAUGACGAUCCAAUGCCCUGUGUACAAGGAAAGUCUCGAAGAGACCAUCAUUCCAACCAUGGAGUCUGUUAUGGCCGCUAUUCGAACUUAUGAGAUGCAGGGAGGCACUGCCAACAUUUUUGUUAACGAAGACGGAAUGCAGGUCAUCUCCCAAGAUGAGGCAGAACAGCGCAGGAUCUACUACGACGAGCAAAGGAUCGGCUGGUGCUCGCGCCCAAAACAAAGGACACCCCCCAAGGCAGGAGGCAAGUUAUUCGGCAAAACCGAAAAGGCUCCCGAGUUGGAGCCGGGCCAACAGUACUACGUUCGUGCUGGAAAAUUCAAGAAGGCUUCCAACAUGAACUAUUCAAUGGCUGUCAGUGUUCGCAUUGAAGACAAGCUUGCCCUGGUCAACCGACAUGCGGAGUGGACCCAAGAAGACGAGAACAGGGAAUAUCAAAGAUGUCUAGAUGAGGUCAUCUACGAGGACGAAGGAAGGACCCAGGCCGGAGGCAAUCUCCGUAUUGGAGAAUACAUUUUGAUCAUCGAUUCUGACACUCGUGUCCCUAACGACUGUUUCCUCGACGCCGUAAGCGAAAUGGAACAAUCGCCUGAAGUGGCCAUCAUCCAAUUCUCCUCCGGUGUCACCAAUGUCUCAGACAGCUUCUUCGAAAACGGUAUCACCUUCUUCACCAAUCUUAUCUAUACCGCUAUCAAGUAUGCUGUAGCCAACGGUGAUGUUGCACCCUUCGUUGGGCACAACGCCGUUUUGCGCUGGGCAGCUCUCCAGGAGAUCUCGUACGAGAAAGACGGUCAGGAGAUGUACUGGUCUGAGAACACUGUUUCCGAAGAUUUCGACAUGGCUCUCCGGUUACAAAUUGCAGGAUACAUUGUUCGCUUCGCUUCUUACACCAUGGAUGGCUUCAAAGAAGGUGUCUCACUGACCGUUUACGAUGAACUGGCUCGAUGGGAGAAGUACGCCUACGGAUGCAGCGAGUUGAUCUUCCACCCCUUCAAGCAAUGGUUCACCAAAGGUCCCUUCACGCCUCUGUUCAAAAACUUCAUGCGUUCGCCCAUGGCAUUGCCUUCCAAAAUCACCAUCAUGGCCUACAUCGGUACCUACUACGCCAUUGGAUCAGCCUGGAUCCUGACGCUCGCCAAUUACAUCCUCAUUGGAUGGUACAACGGCCACCUGGACCACUACUACAUCGAUUCCUUCAAGAUCUACGUUUCCAUCAUUGUUGUCUUCAAUGGUGUUGGCAACCUCGCUUUGGCAGUUCUACGAGUCAGAAACAACGAGCAAGAUCUCUUGCCCGCUCUGAUCAACAAUUUCAAAUGGGUCUUCCUGCUGACGAUCUUUCUCGGCGGUAUCUCUCUCCACGUCAGCCAAGCCAUUCUUUGCCAUCUGUUCGGGAUCAACAUCGAAUGGGGCGCUACCGCCAAAGAAAUCGAAGACAUCCCUUUCGGUGAGGAGAUCAAGAAAGUGUUCAGGAGGUUCUGGAGGAUGUGGCUGUUCUGCAUCGUUGUCGCUGCUGGCAUGGCUUACCUCUCCCUUGGGGCACCAGCUCUAUGGCGGAUCAGGAUCUUCACCCCAAUCUGGCCGCUCUCGACUGUCAUCUUUGCCCAUUUCGUCUUGCCGAUCGUGCUCAACCCUGGUUUGAUGCGCUUCAAAUGGUAG